AUGGCGGCCACCGCGUCCGCCGGCACCGGCUUCGGCUUGUACUUCCAGGAGACGCGAGCUCCGAAGUUCAGGAAGGUGCAGAAGAAGUCGCUCGCCGGGAGGCCGAAGCCCCGCAGGAAAUGCGAGCGAAAGACGACCCGCUCGCCUUCCUGUGGCGUCGGUGAGAUCUCCGUCUCCGGCGGCACCCGCGCCUUGACAAAGGUCGCGCUGGGUAUCCGGCGCGUGUCGCGGGGGAAGAAAAAGAUUGUUAUCCAGUUGGGCAUGUCGUGCGACAAGAGACGGUCCAAAGCACUGACGCUGGCUGCCAGAGCAGCCAGGGUGACGUCCAUGGGGAUAACCGGAGACGCCAGGGAUCAGCUGGAGGUGGUCGGCGACGGCGUCGACCCGGUGUGCCUUGUCUACUGCCUCCGCAAGAAGCUCGGCCACGCCCAAAUCAUCAAGGUGGAGGAAGUGAAGAAGCCAGAGGAGAAGAAGGAUGAGCCGAAGCCUGCCGUGCCCGAGCCCGUGCACCCGCCGCCGUACUUCUUCUACCCGCCCAGCUCCUACUACCCCCACAAGUACCCGCUGUACUUCUGA